AUGGGAGUCCCUCAAGAUGUCUCGGCUACUUUGGUGCCUGCUACGUCUACCAUCCGGUCUGACGAGGAAGUGACGGUCAAGCCGCAUAAGUGGUAUUAUUACCUGUGGGAUACGCUGGAUAAGCCCAAGGAAGAGCGGUGGUUUAUGUUUAAGCUCGAUGCUGCGUUGUUGACUUUUGCGUCGUUGGGUUAUUUCAUCAAGUAUCUUGACCAGAUGAAUAUCAACAGUGCGUUUGUGUCUGGAAUGAAAGAGGAUCUUGGGUUAUAUGGCAAUCAGCUUAAUUACAUGCAGACGUGCUGGACGGUGGGAUACGUUAUUGGUGAGAUUCCAAGUAACAUCAUCUUGACCCGUGUUCGACCGUCGAUUUGGAUUCCCACUAUGGAGCUCACAUGGGCAGUCCUGACAUUCUGUCUCUGUCGCGCCAAGAACGCAGAAACAAUCUACGCUCUGCGUUUUCUCAUCGGCCUCGCCGAAUCCACUUUCUAUCCUGGCAUGCAAUACAUAAUUGGGUCGUGGUACCGCAAAGAAGAACUUGCUAAGCGCUCCUGCAUCUUCCACACCAGUGGUGCAAUUGCAACCAUGUUCUCAGGCUACCUCAUGUCCGGCGUCUACAGGCUCGACGGAAAGGGCGGCUUCAGAGGGUGGCAAUGGCUCUUCAUCGUCGACGGCAUCAUCUCCAUCCCCAUUGCUAUCAUGGGCUUCUUCUUUCUACCUGACCUCCCCGAAAUCUCCAAACCCUUUUACUUGACAAAAGAGGAAGUGAAAUUCGCACAGGAGCGCAUGCAGCGCGAGGGCCGCCAAAAACGCCAACCGUAUACUCGCGCUAAGAUCUGGAAGAUCUUUACAUCCUGGCAUAUUUAUGCUCUUGUGUUCCUCUACAUCUUUUUCAACAACGGUAACUCGAGCGCGCAGCCUGUGUUCCAGCAGUUUCUCAAGUCGAGCAAGAAUCCAAAGUAUACUGUUACUCAGAUUAAUACGUACCCAACAGCCACCAACGCCGUGCAAGUCGUAACCACCCUCCUCUACGCCUGGACGAGCGACAGCAUCCUUAAAGGCUCACGCUGGCAACCCAUCGUCUUCGGUGGCUGCGUAAAUAUAAUGUGCUAUACCAGUCUAGCCAUCUGGGAUAUACCCAUCAAGUGGAAAUGGGCCUGCUACAUCCUCACCGGCUUCGGUGGCGGCAUCUCGGGUCUCUGCUAUGCAUGGGCGCACGAAAUAUGCACGCAUGACAACGAGGAGCGCGCCAUUGUGGUUGCGUCGAUGAACGAAAUGGCGUAUGUGGUUCAGGCGUGGUUGCCGCUUGUCGUGUGGAAGCAGGUGGAGCAGCCAAGGUACCACAAGGGCUUUAUUACGGCGACGUGCUUGAGUUUUAUGAUGAUCGUUACGGCGUUGAUGACGCGCGAGCUGCAUAUGAGGGAGUUGGGGCAGAGGAGGAAGGCGCAGGAGGAGGUGUAUGUUCCUCAGAGUAGUGCCGGGGGAGAGGAGGCGGGGUCGGAUGUUGAUGCGGAUCUUAUGUUUAGAAAAGGAACGUGA